AUGCGAAUUGACUUGGCCAGCGGAAACUGCACUGCUGUUUACGACGAGCCGCAAACUUCGAAAAAAGACCCGACUGCGCCUUCCAAAGUUCCUGUAACCAAGAACGAAAACCCUGUCGACUUGGACAAGCCUCUCGAGAUGCCUGCGAAACACAAGACGGUCAAGACCACGCGCGCCGAUGAGACGGUCGCUUCGGCGACAAACAACAAGGCCGGAAACCCCGGCGGCGACCGCGAGGUCGCCAAAACCACCACCGCUGGCAAUACCAGCGAAAAGAAUAACGAGAAGCCAGUCCGAGAAGGCGACGUCUUUUUUCGGCGGUUGACGAGAGCGCUACCGCGGUCAAGCCGGAAGACGCGGCCAGGAUUAACACAUAGUACUCGCAGGUCCCAGAUGAGGGCGUUGCUCGAGAACGACGCGACCAAUCACCCCCUUUUCCGGGAAAUGCUUGCCCGCUCAUGCUGUCCCCAACACACAGUGUCCAGCGCAAAUGCUGGCCCCUUUGGACCCAUCUGCGGAAACCCAGUUUGUGGCGCAUUCGGCCACACCCUCGCUGUUUGUCCCAUCCCCACGACUCUAGAUGGCGACAUGUCUGGUUGCUUCUUCUGCAACGUGGUGGAUCAUGAUGCAGACGAUUGUGCGAUGAUGGAGUGGGUUUCGCCGGCCACGCUGGUCACCCACCUCAUCACCAACCGCGCCGGGAUGCCUCCCUGGAACACGCGGAUUGACUGGGUGACUCUCGCCAUUGGCGAGUGGGAUAUUGGCGUCUCUCCCAUCACUGAUCCUCUUUUCGAGCGCGCCGACCUCAAGUCACUCAAGGCCCUUGCCAAACCUGAGCUUGGCGGCCUCCAUUCUCGCCCCCCGCUCAUGGAGGCGUCUCGGUCUCUGUGCUACUGCCGCCACGGCUGUUUAGACGGCCUCGAGCAUGUUAUCUUCAAGAACAAGGCCAUCCGCAAGUAUAUUGCUGAGGUGAAAGUCACGUACAAGGUCAAGGGGCCCUUGCUGUCGGACCGCGAGCGCGUUCUUGCCGUGUGCCAGGCGCAAAUGGCGAAGAAGACGCCCAAGCAGGUGACCAAGGAGCGCAAGGGCCGACGCGCCAUGAAGAAGGAGGCCAUGGCCGCCACCGCUAGCGAGAAGCACCCCACCAGUCCCAACGAGCCAAAGGACCAGGCCGUGAAGGAACAUAGCGCACCUUCAGAGGCCGAGAACCCAGUGCCCCUCUCCCAGCGACUCAUGGAACUUGCGGACACAGUCGGCGAUGUUCUCGAAAAUAUCCAGAAGACGAUGAAGUCCUGA